UAGAGCAUGGAGAUUGCCAUAGGGGCCAUUGGCCCUCUCCUCCGGAAGCUCGGUGAGCUGCUCAUCGGCGAGCUCACCAUGGAGAAACGAGUGAGGAAAGGCUACGAGUGUAUUGUGACAGAGCUCACAAUGAUGCAUGAUGCCCUCUGCAAGGUGGCGGAAGUGCCGGCGGACCAGCUUGAUAAGGGGGUGAAGAUCUGGGCAGGAAAGGUAAAGGAGUUGUCCUAUCAAAUGGAAGACAUUGUUGAUGCUUACAUGGUGCGUGUGGAGGAUGGUGGUGAGCCUACCAACCCGAAGAACAAAGUCAAGAAGAUACUCAAGAAGGUCAAAAGAUUAUUCAAGAAUGGCAAGGAUCUCCAUCGGAUCUCUGAUGCUCUGGAAGAAGUGGUUCUUCAAGCUAAGCAGUUAGCCAAGCUGCGCCAAAGGUAUGAGCAAGGGAUGCGAUAUCCUACCACUAGUACUAGUGUUGACCCUCGCAUGAUGGCCCUAUAUACAGAUAUGUCAGAACUCGUAGGCAUUGAAGAAACACGAGACGAGUUGAUCAACAUGUUGACUGAAGGUGAUGAUUGGUUGAAUCAUCCAUUGAAGACGGUCUCUAUUGUUGGAUUUGGUGGGUUGGGCAAGACAACUCUUGCCAAAUCUGCAUAUGAAAAGAUCAAAGGGCAAUUCGAUUGUGAUGCUUUUAUUUCGGUUUCUCAGAAUCCCGACAAGAAGAAAGUCUUCAAGAAUAUUCUCUAUGAACUUGACAAGAACAAGUAUGCACGCAUUCGUGGUGAAGAAUGGGAAGAAAAUCAUUUGAUCGAUGAAAUCAUCGAAUUCCUUAAUGGCAAGAGGUACCUCAUCAUAAUUGAUGACAUAUGGGAUAAAGGUGUGUGGAAAUUAAUCAAGUGUGCUUUCUCCAAGAAGAGUCCUGGAAGUCGAUUAAUCACGACAACCCGCAUUGUUAGUGUCUCUGAAGCAUGCUGCUCUUCUAGGGAUGAUAUUUACAAAAUGAAACAUCUUUCUGAUGAUGUAUCAAGAGUGCUUUUCUGUAAAAGAGUAUUUUACAAGAAAGGGUGUCCUCAAGAGUUGGUGCAAGUAUCCGAAGACAUUUUGAAGAAAUGUGGUGGCAUACCAUUAGCUAUUAUUUCUAUAGCAAGUCUCCUGGCUAAUAAUAAUCAGAGAAAAACCAAGGACCAAUGGUAUACUUUGCUCAAUUCCAUUGGCCGUGGACUCACGGAAGAUCAAAGUUUGGAGGAGAUGAAAAAGAUAUUAUUAUUCAGCUAUUAUGAUCUACCCUCAUAUCUGAAACCUUGUUUAUUAUAUCUUAGCAUCUUCCCAGAAGACCACAAGAUUAUGAGAGAUAGACUGAUAUGGAGAUGGAUAUCUGAAUGUCUUGUUUAUAGUGAUAAACAAGAAACUAGCUUAUAUGAGCUCGGUCAUAGCUACUUCAAUGAGCUAGUAAAUAGAAGUAUGAUCCAGCCAAUAGGCAUUGCUGGUGAAGAAAAGGUAUUGGCUUGCCGUGUACAUGACAUGGUGCUUGACCUCAUAUGCUCAUUGUCAAGUGAAGAGAACUUUGUUACAAUACUAGAUGGCACCAGAAGAAAAAUGCAUAACUCAGAAAACAAGGUACACAGAUUGUCCAUCCAAAAUAGCAAGAUAGAUGUGGAUACCAUUAGGAUGGAGAAUGUGAGAUCUCUUACUGUUUUCACAAGUGAUGUUGUUGGGAAAGUGUUGGAUAUUUCAAGUUUUCAAGUUCUGCGCGUGUUGGAUUUAGAAGGUUCUGAUGUCUCAGAUGUUGGGUAUGUGGGAAAUCUGUUACAUUUGAGGUACAUAGGGCUAAAAGAUACUAAUGUUAAGGACCUUCCAAUGGAAAUAGGGAAGCUGCAGUUUUUGCUUACCUUGGACAUCAGAGGUAGUAAGAUAAAGGUACUGCCGUCGAGUGUUGCUCAGCUAAAACACCUGAUGUGCCUGUAUGUUGACAGGUGUAUGAUGCUGCCAUCUGGAAUAGGUAACCUAACUUCCCUAGAAGUGCUAGAUGAGCUGGGGUUAUCUAACAAGGAUCUCGAUUUUGUGACAGAACUGGGCCAUCUGACCAAGCUCAGGGUGCUCCAGGUUGACUGUGAUGGUUUUGAUGAGAUCAUGGACAAAGCUUUGGAGGAAUCCAUUAGUAAUAUGUACAAAUUGGACAGUUUGGAUAUAUGUGUCCCUAUUGGGCCAAUCAAUUUCAUGAAGGAAGGUUGUGUGCUUCCUUUACAACUCCGAAGAUUGUCUUUGCCAACAGAGAACGGUUGGUUUGAUACACUGCCGACAUGGAUCAAUCCUUCAUCGUUUUCUCUCCUCUCUUAUCUGGACAUAACGAUUCUGAGAGUGCAAUUGGAGGACAUCCAGUUUCUUGGCAUCCUGCCUGCUCUUUGUUUUCUUCGGUUGAUGGAUUAUUAUAAUUACCACGGAGAGCAUAUAGUGGAAAUGUCUGCCCUUUCCUCUGUUCACCAAGGAGAGUACCAAGGAGAGUCUGGUGCUUUAUUCCCAUGCGCGACAGAGUGCCGCUUCUGUUUUAUUGGUGCCAUGCCGUCUAUGUUUCCAAGAGGAGCUGCACCAAGGCUUAAAUGCCUUGAGUUCUCCUUACCAGCUGAGUGGGUGUACCGUGAAAACUUUAAAUUGGGCAUGCGGCACCUCCCGUCCCUCAAGCAACUCGAUAUCUUAUUAGUUGUUAGGAAAGAAGCUAGCGACCAGGAGGCGGAUGAAGCAGAGGCUGCGUUGAGGGCCGCAGCGGAGGCGGAAGACCACCCCAACCAUCCCAUUCUUAGAUAUUUUGAAGCCCGUGUAGGGUAAGCUUCUGAAGGCCGGAGAAGUGCUAUUGCAAUCAGGUGGCAUGAGUUAAUAUAUUUCGUCGGCAUGGACUCGAUCAUGCAUGCCUCCAACUCCGGUGCCGUUUCUUUUCCAACCAAUACAGUCGAGCACACUGCGUUUGCCUUGCCGUUUGAUCCGUCCUUGUUCUGCAACAAGAUGAAGCUCUCAUUCUGUCCACCACCCAUGUCUGAAGUCUCUUCUUGCUUCCGUCAUUUCAACAACAAUCAAGUUUGUAGGGCGCCCCUUGCAUUUUGCCCUGAUGAACCAUUAGUAAUUAUGCACCGAUGGUGUCUGGUUUGCCUGCUCUCCUGCAUUGUUCAUUACACUCCUUUAUUUGUAACAGCUUUAUCUCAGACUCGGAUGUUUAUUCCAGACUCAUAAACUAUACUGUCAGAGUUCAGUUUGUAAUAUGGUCUGAAGUUUAUCUUCCAUCUGUCAUGUUGGUUUGAUCAAAUAAAUAUUGAGCUGGAACUCGAAUUUUCU